AUGGCGCAUGCAUUGGGUGCCCCGAAAAGUAUCCAGCAGGCACAGGAGCAAGCCAAAGCUUAUGAAUAUGCCGAGCAUAUUCCUCUGCGACAAUGGCUUCGUUCCGCAGAUACAAUGCUGAAGCAGGCGCAAAUCUACGAAGCCGAACGCAACGAUCAGGAAGUGUUCGUGCUACUCCUCCGCCAUGCAGACCUCGUCCUCGACAAACUCGCGAAUCAUCCCCAAAGAAGUCUUCCCGAGAAUAAGAAAGCGUUGCGCCUCGCGAGAGAAUCCGUGUUGGUCGAUCUUCAGAAACUAGAGGUACUCCGGCCGAGGAUCGAGAAGAGAUACAAGGAAUAUCAAGAGAGAAGAAAGGCGCAAUUGAAGACUCUCGAGGCCUUGGAAGGAAGAGCAGCAGAUGGCCCGAAUAUCAUACAUGAAUUGGAUGGCAUGUCGCUGCAGCCUGGACAGAAGCGACGGUCAUACGAGAGGGCGACGUUAGAUGCCGGAGAGAACAGAACGCUGGCAGCCAAGCUCGCGCAGAGGGAAAUAAGGAGGAGAGAUGCAGCAAGAAGAAGCGUGAGACAGGCGGGUGUCUCCGAAGAACAAGAGCAUGAACGGAGGACUGGUGGCGUUUGGGAUGUGGAUGACAACGAUCUAUCACGGCAGAUUCAAGAGGUUGCAAGAAUGCAGGAACAGAACGGACAUGCAAGUCAAAAUUUCGCUGUAAGCACCUCUCCAUACCAUUAUCCUACCGUUCCACAUAAGAGCAAUCAGCAGCGGUGGUCUAACGUUCCCUCACUCCCACCAAAGGAACCUCUUCAUCGACAAUUAGAUACCCCUUCAUACCCACCCGCACUGCCGCCGAAGCCACCAAAACCUCCUAUAUCCACCCAUUCACCUUUCGAGCAUCCACGCCCACCACCAAUCCCCGGCAAAUACGCCGUCGACAUUGUCCAGCCACCGCCUAUCCCCGGGAAGCAUGUCUCCACUGAGCCAGCCCCAGACGCAGACCUCGACGAGUUCACCUUCAAGCCCUCCGCAUACCUCGAAAACGGCAACGCCCUCCGCAGCGUCUUCCUCCCGCCGACCCUCCGCCACGAAUUCCUCCGCUACGCCUCCAGCAACACGCGCCUCAACCUCGAGACCUGCGGCAUGCUCUGCGGGAUCCUCAAGUCCAACGCCCUCUUCAUAACGCGCCUCGUGAUCCCCGAGCAGACGUCCACCUCCGACACGUGCGAGACCGUCAACGAGCAGGACCUCUUCGACUACUGCGACAAGGAGGAGCUCAUGAUCCUCGGCUGGAUCCACACGCACCCGACCCAGACCUGCUUCAUGAGCAGUCGCGACCUGCACACGCACGCCGGGUACCAGGUUAUGAUGCCGGAGAGCAUCGCCAUCGUCUGCGCCCCGAGCAAAUCACCCAGCUGGGGCAUAUUCCGCCUGACCGACCCGCCGGGCAAACAAGCCAUCCUCAACUGCAACCAGGGCGGCGUCUUCCACCCGCACAGCAUCGACAACAUCUACACCGAGGCCCUGAGCCCGGGUCACGUCGUCGAGCUCCCCAACGCGCCGCUCGAGGUAGUGGACAUGAGGCCUAAGAAGAAUCCGUUCUAA